AUGCCCACCUUCCAAAAAUAUCCCAAAACAAUUCCACUAGUAACACAGGACACGGACCAAAUCAAAUUUUUUGUUCAGCUAUUUGAAAGGCAUGAGAUGGAUGAAAGAAAUGGCCCAACAUUCAUUCGUUCGCGCCCGGACGGAUGCACGCUAAUACCUUGGAGAGCCGGCAGAUUUUUGGCGUGGGAUGUUACGGUCCCUGGCACCCUCGCCGAACGAUACGUAAACCUGACAAGUAAAGAAUGCGGUUUGGCCGUGGCCAGGGCAGCGGACGAGAAAAUGAAAAAAUAUGGGAACGCCCUCCCCUCGAUGGAAUUCUUGCCAAUAUGCAUCGAGGUUCUUGGCCCGAUGGACCCCAACACCCUUAAAUUUCUUAAAGAAAUAUGCAAAAUGAUCAGCGUCAGAUCAGGCGACAGCAGGGAACUGUUUUUCGCAACUAACCACAUUUCGUGCUUGUUGCAGCGGUUCCUGCGUGUCUGUGUGCUUGAAAAUAUCCAACUGAAUGCCGACAUGUGCAAUUAA